AAUAGAGGGCAUCUAGAGGAACAACAAUUCCUUUUAGGGGAAAAUGUUCAAGGCAGACGCAUUCUUCAACAAGAGAAUACGUUGUUCUUUUAAUAUUCUUCAUUUUCAAAUGACAAUUUGGAGGAUGUGUUCGUUUUCUGGCUUCAUAUGACUCAGAGAAUACCCGAAUUUAAAAGGCUGUAAACUUGUUUUGGGAUAUGAACGGUAAAAAAUCCAUACUGGAUGUCUCAAUGCACGGGUGAUGGCAGCACGUUUACAGUCCUAUGAUAGCAACUCCAGUGAUACAGAGAACUGGGAAAGAAAAACCUCCCGACCUCGCAAACUCUGCAAGCACUCGAGCUCCCAGUCUCGCUCGUCUCGGCCGGAGGACCUUGGGAAGAUGAGCCUGCACGGGGCCAGCGGGGGCAGCGAUCGCUCCCGCGACCGCCGGCGCUCCAGCGACCGCUCCCGAGACUCCUCGCACGAGAGGGGAGAGAGCCAGCUCACGCCCUGCAUCAGGAACGUCACGUCGCCCACACGCCAACAAUACAGUGAGCGGGAGGGGGCCCCGUCCUCCAGGCCCAGCAGCCCCCGGCCUCAGAGGCUGUCCCCCAGCGGCUCCAGCUGCAGCAGCAGCAGCAGCGGGGUGGCCAGCAGCCGCCACAGCAGCCUGUCCAGCUCCGAGGGCACCUUCAAGAGCCUGGGCCUGGGCCAGGGGGAGAUGGUGUUUGUCUACGAGAACGCCAAGGAGGUGGUGGGCACACGCAGCAUCAGGACCUCGGAGAGGGUCACUCUGAUCGUGGAUAACACGCGCUUCGUGGUGGACCCUUCUAUCUUCACGGCACAGCCUAACACGAUGCUGGGCAGAAUGUUUGGAUCGGGAAGGGAACACAACUUCACGCGGCCCAAUGAGAAGGGAGAGUACGAGGUGGCGGAGGGCAUCAGCUCCACAGUGUUCAGAGCCAUCCUGGAUUACUACAAAUCUGGGAUAAUCCGUUGCCCCGAUGGAAUCUCCAUCCCAGAGCUCCGGGAGGCAUGUGACUAUCUGUGCAUCUCCUUUGACUACAGCACCAUCAAGUGCAGAGACCUCAGUGCCCUGAUGCACGAGCUGUCCAACGACGGCGCGCGGCGGCAGUUUGAGUUCUACCUGGAGGAGAUGGUGCUGCCCCUGAUGGUGGCCAGCGCCCAGAGCGGAGAGAGGGAGUGUCACGUGGUGGUGCUGACGGACGAUGACGUGGUGGACUGGGACGAGGAGUACCCACCGCAGAUGGGGGAGGAGUACUCACAGAUCAUCUACAGCACGAAACUGUAUCGGUUCUUCAAGUACAUAGAGAACCGAGAUGUUGCCAAAUCCGUUUUGAAGGAGAGAGGACUGAAGAAAAUCCGAUUAGGCAUUGAAGGUUACCCCACGUAUAAGGAGAAGGUGAAGAAGCGCCCGGGGGGUCGCCCAGAGGUCAUCUACAACUAUGUCCAGCGGCCCUUCAUCAGGAUGUCCUGGGAGAAGGAGGAGGGCAAGAGCCGCCACGUGGACUUCCAGUGCGUGAAGAGCAAGUCCAUCACCAACCUGGCGGCGGCGGCCGCAGACAUUCCCCAGGACCAGCUGGUGGUCAUGCACCCUGGACCCCAGGUGGACGAGCUGGACAUCCUCCCCAACCAGCCCCCAGGCGGCCAGCACUACAGCAACAACUACAACAACGAGCCUGACCCCGACGCCCCCUCGCCCGGUGUCUGACAGCACCUCCCUCCUCCCUCGUUUCUCCUGGACCCCCCACCCUACCCUGCGCUCUCCUCCCUCCCUACACCCUGGCCUCUCCUCCUGAUACGUUCCCUCCUCCAUUCCUACACCCUCCCUCCCUCCCCCAUCCCUACACCCCCUCCCUCCACCCCCCCCCAUCCCUACACCCCCUCCCUCCACCCCCCCCAUCCCUACACCCCUUCCCCCCCAUCCCUACACCCCCUCGUCCCUCCAGAAUGCUGCAGCAUGGAGCACCAGGGGCACCAUGACCGUAUUGCCUUGACUCGUUCUCCGCAGCCUUAGAGCCUCACAGACCUGGUUGACUGAAGACAAGGAGGAAGAGCGACAACAACACACCACUUAUGAGGGGGAGGGCAGACGUCGCUCUUUAGAUUUUUUUUUUUUUUACUUGACCAAAGGAAUAAAUUUUUGACAUGCAUUAAGCACACCCACUUUUGUAAUUAUUAUUAAUUGUAUUAUUUACAUUGGUUAAUGUAUCUCAUUUGAUGAGUUGGGCUGUGCACUGUGUGGUGUGUCCCAUGUUCUCUCCCUGAUUGCACUAGUGUGGUUCUUGACUUGUGUUCUCCAAGGCCAGUCUAGUGAACAUGGUUCAGGGUGUUGGACCAGGGUCUUCACCUGGCAAUGGAGCCUAACUUCAGAUCAUAUUACCACCUCCUUAAGAGUGAAAGGAUUUCCGGUUUCAAGUCCCUCAGAUAACCUUUGACUCGUGAAGAGUUACAGUAGGUGGUCCUCCAUCAGCUUGGUAGUUGAAUGCCAGGCUCUUUCCUUAGCCAAGAUGUUCAGCAGAACAUAGAAUGUUGUGGUCCUUUUGUUCAAAGCUUGAAAUUCAUUGUUACAAAAACAAAAAACAUGGAAAUCGUGAAAUAAAGACAUCGA